AUGGCUUAUAACUAUUCUAUUCACUAUGCUGCUGCCGAUGCUUUUUUUCUUAUUCUAGAUAGAAAUAGAAGUGGUACUAUUUCAAUGGAUGAAUUUCAAAGAGGUAUGUCAAAUGGGACUACAGAAAGAUUCGAUAUGGAUACAGUUUCAUUACUUUUUGCUAUGAUUGAUAGAGAAGGACAUAAAAAACUUAAUAUGAGUCAAUUUCGUGUUGUCUUUUCUUUUGUAGAAGCAUGGAAAAGAGCUUUUCAUGCUGUUGAUCGUGAUAGAAGUGGAGCUAUUGAAGUAAGAGAAUUCAAAGAACUUUUAUACCAUAUGGGAUAUAAAAUAUCUGAUGCCUCAAUUAUGCUUUUUGUCAAUAAAUUUGCAAGAAAGAGGCCCAUGACUUUGUUCUUCGAUGACUUUAUCAGAUCUGUUAUCUCACUACAACUUUUAACUGAUGCUUUCAAAGUUAAGGAUAUUGGCAAACAAGGAUUCAUACAACUUAGUUAUGAAGAAUUUUUAUUGAUCUUAGGACAAAGUGGUAUAUGCAGAUAA